AUGGGUAAAUUUGGUUUAGCAAACAGGUCAACGGAGGACCUUUUGCAUGAUAAAUUCAUACCCGAAACAUCUCCCACUAAUAUUCCAACUGAUAUUCUCAUUAAACAGGGACUUAUAACAGAUUCCACUGAAUCGCUGAUUCAUGGAAGCGCAGAAAGGUAUAUCGGAAAUGCUCUAAAACCUGUCGAAGAAACCAAUUCAGAGCACCCCUGGGAAGACAUACCGUUCCAUCUUCCUUCUCCACCACCAGAUCUGGAGCACGAAGAAGUUGUAAACAUAUCCAAAAAUUGCGUGCGAGAGAACUUGGAUGAUACAUCCAUUGAGGUUAUAGAAGACUUAUACUAUCAGAUCGAGACUUUUUUAGUUCAUUUCAAAUUGUCAAGAAGUUUUUUAAUAAUUUUUAAGAACUAUAUUAACAUUCUUAUACAAGAAGGCAUCAAUCCGUUACAUGACGAGUACUUUAAACUACUAGAAGAUGAAUUGAAAGGGGUUUUCACUUUCAAUACUGUUAUAGAAGAGAUCCUAGAAAUAUUUUUGAUUCAUCCGCGUAACAAGUUUAUUGCUUUGUCGCUUGCAGAAUAUACUUAUGCCAGAAAUAAAAUAAGAAGACAUUUUAAUCGUUGGAAAAAUACUUGGACACUGAAUUACAGGGCGUAUAAAUUUGCUGAUCAAACAAAAGUCAAGCUAAAGGAAGCUGCUUUCUAUGUUUGGAGUGACAGAAAAUUAAAGUACUCACAAAUGGCCAAUGAUGAAGCUGACAAUUUUAGGAAUACCUGGCUACUAUUCCAUUCGUUUCAACAAUGGAUAAAUUUAACACAAACUCUUAGUGAACAAUCUAGAUUAGCGGACCAGGCUUUCUUGAAUAGGAUGUUCAAGAAAAUAAUUAAGGCACGUGAAAAAUGGAAGCAUUUGGAAACCGUCAGCACUGAAGGUAUAGAACAGAUUUCAUUGCGGACCACUUUCCACAAAUGGAAACUAAGGUAUAGAGAAAGAAACUUUCUUGGUUCGAAAAGAAAGAUCUUUGAAGGAAUAAGGCGAAAACUCAUACACUACGAAUUCGAUGAGACCGUUUCACAGAAAGUAAGGUCUUUAUCUCUACAAAAGACGUGCUUUGGCAAAUGGAAAGAGAAAAAUGCCAAAAAUGAAGACAAACUUGCAGACCUUUACGAGCUGGAAAAUAAAUUUAUCAAACAAAAAUUCUUGGAUAAACUGAGUACAAUGCUUCAGUACAGUCAACAAGAAACAAUGGUAAGGAAUAAACUAGAUCAAACACUUCUAAAAUGCGUCUUCGAGAAGAUGUGGCUAAAAAGGUUUGAAGAUCAUCUGCAUUUAUAUUCCGUUAUAAGCCUGCGGGAAGCUAAACUCAUUAAGAAUGUUUUUCAUUCUUGGAAAAAACUCCUAUACACUGAUAUUAAGGCCAGCGAUUAUUCAAGAACAAAUCUGCUCAAAUCUGCAUUACGGGAUUGGAAACUUAGUGUAAAGCUAAAAACAUUCAAACAGAAACACAAAGCAAAGAUUUUAUUAAACUCAUACUGUACUUGGAAAAGAAGGAUACAGUACGGAAAAAUAUCGAAUAACCAUAUUAGGAUUACCUUUUAUGCAAGAUAUUUUAAUGCGUGGAAAAGGAAGAUGUUGCAGAUAAGAUCAGCAAAUGAAGGGGCAUCCAUCUUUUACAAACAAGGCCUUACAAAUGAAUGCUUAGCUAUUUGGAAGGAGCGCGUGAUAAAAAGUAAAGAAUUGCAGGACAGGUAUAAUUUCUUAAGUAAAACGCAUGCAAUUUUAACUAUAAAACGGACAGUAAUGCACAUUAAUAAUGUUCAUUUGCUAUCUAAUAAACUAGAACCCUACAUGAAUAGAAUAAAGCUUUCUGGGACUUUUUCAAAAUGGAGAAAAGCUACUAAUUUUAGGAUCAAGCAUAAAUUGAAUGAUAUUUUACACACGUAUGAAUUGGACAAAAAGUAUGAACUUCAGUAUGGAAUAUUUUUUGCAUGGCAGAACAGAUAUCGCUUCUACUCAGAAGAAUGUGAUUCUCAAGCAGUUUUUAAGAAAAAUCGACAGCUCGAGAAAAUGGUCUUAAAGAAAAGUAAGGAAAAACUAUUGGAAAUGGAAAGGUCAGAAGCACUGGCAGACGAAGUCCGUAAGGAAUUUAUACUAAUCAAGACAUUUUACAUCUGGAAGACUCAUCUAGAUGAGAUAUACUACAUGAACACAUUAUUGGAACAGUCUGAAGCUAAUAAACAAUUCGUAGUUACAUCUAAAUUCUUGAAGAUGUGGAGUCUUCGAUUCCUAAAGACUAAACGUAAUGACGAAACAGUCCAAGUCUUUCGUCAUCGCUGGGAUAGGGCUACUGUGAGAGGAUUGCUAUUACUGUGGAAAAACCGUUCAGACAGUUCACCAAAGAGAAAGAAAGAAGUCGACCUCAAACAUGAACUGAAAACUCCCAUAAGAUCGGACGCACCAAAAACUUCCACGAUACCGGGCUCAGAAAGAAUAAAGCAGCAUAGGAUGGAGGCCAUGAAAUCGCAUUACAGCAGAGCAAGAAGAGCUAUACCAAGUCCCGUAAAAUCCUCAAGUGUUCUUAAUUCUACAGCUAAGAAGCAGAUCAAACUCGAGGGCUCAACAGAUUUAAAUGGGUCUCCAACACGAGCGAAACCCAUAAGAUACUCCCCUAGACGUGCUAAUAGAAACCUGCCAUACAAAGUGGACCACAUUGACUUCGGCAAAAUACCUGCUGUACCUUUUAGUUUAAGCGCGGAUUCUUCUAAAGCCGAUCAGAAUAUGGACUAUUUAAGAGAACAAGAUAGAUCUCCACUUAGUCGGAAACGUUAA